AUGAAAACUGAACGUACUGUUAUCCUCCCCUGGCUUCUAUCAGCGAGCCUGGCCCUUGCUCAAACCUUUGUUCCUAGGGCUGGGCCCGAUCCUGCACUCGGCCAGGCAGAAUACGACCGAUUCUGCCCCAGCCAAAAUGGCACUAUAAAGACGCUUUCACCCAGCUCCAGUGUCGUAGUGCACUGUGACGCUAUACCACGGCUACCGGUGUUGGGCGACCGCGAAUGGACAGCAUCAAUGGAAGACUGUGGUCUUUGGUGUGAGAACAUGGGUACUGCUUGUAUGGCCAGCUUUUGGGACCCGAGAGACGGGGCAUGCUACUGGUCUGGGGCUCAAGCUGUCGAACCGAGGACUAAGUAUGUGUCAUUGGUUCAAAUGACAUCCCUGGACUCUUGUGAUAAGGAAAAGGAGCAGUGUUUCAAAGCCAAGGCCCAGUGUCUUAAUGAUAAGGCAGCAUGUUUGAAAGCCAAAGGGGAGUGCGAGAAGCGAGAACAAACAUGUUUAAGAGACAAAAAGAACUGCGAAGGGAGAGAACAAACAUGUUUAAGAGACAAAAAGAACUGCGAGGCCAGAGAAGCAAGCUUGAGGCGAGAUUUACAAGCACGUAACAGGGAAAUAGCGAGGUUCAGGGAGCGGACUCCUUGCAAUGCCGUCCAUGGCCAAGGCCGGAUUGUUGGCAACCGGAUAUUCAAAAUUUUGUGUAAUCAUCAAUGGUUGAAACCUCACGAAUUUGCCACACACCACAGUGGUCACGAGACGCUCUCGAAUCGCCGGAAAAGACAACAUAUUUACGGCGAAUAUUUGCAAAUGCCCCUCGUGGAUACUGUGCUUUGCAAUUGGAAUUAUCGUAUUGGUAAACUCUGUUGCUCGUAUUUGUUGUCGAUCAUUGGGCUAGCGGUUUGGCAGGCAGCAAGUCCUUACAAAAGGCUCUUCUGUGCUACAAAUCUUCUCCAUGACACACAAGUCGGUAUUACCCUCCCACUAGGUAUAGCCUACAUCCUGAGCUGGCAGCUCCCCAAGGAGAAUAAUGCCAUUACCUGGUCUGUAGGCACGCGCGUCCUCCAAGCAACCACAUGGCCAUCCCUCAUAGGAGCAGACAGUACUGCGUCGAAGCGAGUCAGUUGGCUUGUGUUCUGCCUUGGGUGGGCGAUCACCGUUGGCCAUGUGCUCGUCAGUAUUGCCGGUAUCAUUACCCCCCUUGGACUUCACGAUCGAAUCAAGCCCGCCGCGUCUACCUCGGUGCCCUUUGUCUAUGUGCCAGAUCGGUCGCCUUACGGCCUAGGAACUCCACCUCGCCCCGACGCACCAUUUUCACGAAGUUGUGGGGGAUCGGGCUGGGUUGUUUGUCCUGGAUCCAACGGGACCGAUGCGUACUUCCUCGUCAACAAGACGAUCCAUGAUAUCAUCCCCAAUAAUGGCACCUAUUCCGCCCGACUUCCCUACAACCUGACACAGAUCUUCUCGAGCGCUACCUCGGGGACGAACAAUACGGUAUCCGGGCCCUUUGACAUCCAAUACCGACAGGUAUUCCCGACAGCCAUGACGCAAGUGGAUAAUGGCGAGCCAUAUAUAGUUGGCUCAUACCGGGUGAUGGAUAGCCUUAUCCUACACGAUAAGAUCGAAGCGAUCGAGGGACUCAUCGUCGACAGUACCAGGGGCGGACUGGGAUAUCGCAACCACACAGUGCCGGCGAAUCUUCCGACGGGGGGACGCUGGACGGAGGAUAUCACUUGGCUGCAGCCACUGAUAGAAUGUGUGAACACCAAUCUCAGCAUACGAUACACGCUAAACUACACGGAUUAUAAUGGCAACAGAGUUGAAUCGCACAACGUGCGCCUCAAAGACAACGGCGGGUUCUUCAACCUUCCGCUUAAGGGUCCAAGGUACAAUAUAACCGAUAUACAGGCAAACCCUGACCUGCAUACUCGAGCAACACAGCUGGCGUUUUUUCAUAACAACAUGUUAAUGUGGGCAUUGGGGCUCGCUAGCUCUAAUAUUAGCGGUCCUCGCAAUGUUACAUCGAGGACGGAAUACCCUCUGGUCAUAAACGGGACCACAUCUGGUGACCAACACAAUGCCUACAGGCCGGACUCGAUCCAGAUCCCUGGGAGCGACGGCCUAUUCAUAAAUUCGGACCUUAAUACCACGAAUGACUUGUGGAGCUUCCAAGACACGACUCUGAUGUGUCGCGGAUUGCUUUCUCAGUACACCUUGGACCCUCUUGAUAAUGCCACAGUGGGCAUUGACUGUGGACUGCUCCAGGCCGCGCCGCGACGGUUAGAUGGUGCGGAUCCUCGUGUCUAUGACGCAGGCUCGGAGUGGGAGCAGGAUAUGUAUAUGUGCGCGAGUGCUGUCGAGGCAUCGAUCAAAACCGUGGAGUUUACUCUUAAUGGAACCUCCACGCUGGAGGAUCUUACUGUGUCCAGCGUGAAAGAUAAGGUCUACAAAUCGCAGGAUGCGCAGCCUUUAUGGGCGAUUGAGAUCACCGGACAGCCAAACACGGUGGCUGCUCCUCUGUGGGGUCUUAUUAGCCACGAAUAUGCAGCUGCGGAGAACCUCAUUACCAUAAAAUCGGAGAAGCUCCUCCUUCCACCGUCAUACCCAUACAGCGCCACCGUUGUCAACGCAAGGGACAGUCUGGCUGCCAGCUAUGCUCCCAUGGCGGCCCAACAUGUAGCCCUCGGCGAGAGCUUUUUGGGGCAAAUCACCUCAAGGUGGACCCUGGAUGUGCCCAUCGCAGACUACACAGGAAAGUCCAAUUUUGCGCUGUCGCGACGCUGGCAGCAGCUAUCAGCCGGUGGUGAGCAGGGCGCUGCUACCAAUUUGAAGUUGAUCCUCACCGACAUCCUGGCAACGGCGACAAUCGGCUCGCAGACUCCUAUCGGUCUCAGUGGUAGCGACACCGGUCGUCUCGGAGGCUCACUGCCUUCUGGUGACAAAAUGGUCCGCAUUGAGCCUUUCCAGCGGAAGAUCGAGUACAAUCUUGCAUACGCCGUACCAGCGUUCAUCACGUUAGCCUUGUGGGUCGUCGUGCUAGUUGCCUUCUCCAUUGCGUUGAUCGGCUCCCGCUUCUCUUUUUCGAAACUGCGACAGCAGCUGAACUUGAGCUCCGUUGGGCGCCUGUACACAAAUUUGGUAUAUCCAGAUGUGUGCGAGGUUGGUGCGAAGACAGAGACCUGGAUCGAACAAGCUGGUGGGCUCAAGUUUCAACUGGAUCGUAAGGGUGAAAGCGAUCCCGAGGACCCGUCAGCUGAAUCUCAGCUCAUAGAAGAGCAACAGAGCCAUGAGACAUCGUCAGAAUAG